AUGAGCAUGCCCCCGGAAAUCAGCGCGGUGUUGGGCCUGUUGCUCCAGGGCUUGAUGGCCACCGAAAACAGCGUGCGCCUAGCCGCCGAGACGCUGCUCGACGCCGAGUGGCGGGCCCCUGAGCGCGUCGGCUUGUUGUUGCUUUUCCUCGCACAGACCGCGGCCGGCGGCGCCGACGACAGCACGCGCGCGUUUGCCGCGGUGUUGUUCCGCCGCACGGCCAUCCGCACGCCGCAGCAGCUGGCCAGCAUCGCGGACCGCACCUUCGGCGUGGUGGCCGCCGACGUCCAGAGCCAGGUGCGCGCCGUGUUGCUCCACGGCUUCGUGGCGCCGCAGGCGCCCGCCGUGCGGCGCAAGUUGGCGGACGCGGUGGCCGAGGUGGCGCGCGACGGCGGCUGGCGCGAGUUGCUCCCGGCCGUGCUCCAGGCCGCGCAGGCCGGCGAUUCCAGUGUGCGCGAGCUGGCGUUCCGCGUGCUCGCCACGCUGCCGGAGAUCAUCGAGAAGAGCAUGGUGGGCGACGUGAUGCCCGUGUUCGACGGCGGGUUCGCGGACGGCAGUGACGAGGUGCGCAUCGCCGCGUGCACGGCGUUCGUGGCGUUCUUCCGCGAGCUCCCCAAGAGCAUCUGGCAGGCGAUGGCGCCGCUCUUGCCGCGCUUGUUGAACUCGUUGCCCAUGUUCUUGCAGAGCGGCGAGACCGACGCGUUGGCCGAGGUGUUGCAGUCGUUGAUCGACUUGGUGGAGCUUGCGCCCAAGAUGUUCAAGGCCAUGUUCGCCACCAUCGUGGACUUCUGCCUGUCGCUCUGCAAGAACGGCGACUUGGACGCCGCGCCGCGCUUGGCCGCGCUCGAGCUCUUGACCACCUUCGCCGAGGUCUCGCCGGCCAUGUGCAAGCAGACGCCCAGCUACACGCUGUCCAUGGUGCUCAUCAACUUGUCCAUGUUGACCGAGGUCAGCCGCGACGACGACGACGCCGCGGACUGGAACAACGACGACAACAGCGAGGACUGCGACGACGAGCCCGAGUACGACGCCGCGCGCCAGUCCUUGGACCGCGUGGCCUUGAAGUUGGGCGGCCACGCGCUCGCGGCCCCGCUCUUCCAGUACUUGCCCGCCAUGUGCCAGCUGGACAGCUGGCGCGACGUGUUCGCCGCGUUGAUGGCGCUCUCCUCCGCGGCCGAGGGCUGCUGCGACGUGCUCGCCACAGAGAUCCCCAAGCUCUUGGACAUGGUCUUGCCCACCUUGAGCCACCCGCACCUGCGCGUCCAGUACGCCUGCUGCAACGCCUUGGGCCAGAUGUCCACUGACUUUGCCGACGUCAUCCAGCGCACCUCGGGCGACCGCAUCUUGCCCGCGCUCGUGUCCAAGCUCACCGCCAAGUCCGUGCCCAGGGUCCAGGCCCACGCCGCGGCCGCCUUGGUCAACUUCUGCGAGGCCGCGUCCAAGGAGAUCCUCGAGCCCUACUUGGACGACUUGUUGAACAACUUGUUGGGCUUGCUCCUGUCGCCCAAGCGCUACGUGCAGGAGCAGGUCUUGACCACCAUCGCCAUCAUCGCCGACGCCGCGGAGAAGAAGUUCCUCAAGUACCACAGCACCUUGCUCCCCAUGCUCAUCGACUUCUUGAAGUCCGACCUCGGGCCCGAGAACCGCAUGUUGACCGCCAAGUGCAUCGAGUGUGCUACCUUGAUCGCCGUCGCCGUGGGCAAGGACAACUUCUCGGCCCACACCCAGGAGUUGAUCAACAUCAUGGGCGAGCUCCAGAACUCCGUCGUCGAGCCAGACGACCCGGUCAAGCUGUUUUUGGAGCAAGGCUGGGGCAGGCUCUGCAGGAUCAUUGGCGACGACUUCGUGGCGUACUUGCCGGCCGUCUUGCCCCCUUUGAUGCUCGCGGCCAAGGCGGCACAGGACAUCUCCUUGCUCGAGGAAGAGGAGGCGGAGGAGUUCAACACCAACGAGGAGUGGGAUGUCAUCAACAUCGCGGGCAAGUUGAUCGCCGUGCAUACCGCGGCGCUUGACGAGAAGGCCGCGGCCAUGGACUUGUUGCGUAUCUACGCAACACAGUUGAAGGGCCACUUCUUCCCGUGGGUCAAAGAGAUCGUGCAAGAGAUCGCUCUCCCUGCCCUCGAUUUCUACCUUCACGAUGGCGUGCGCGGCUCGGCCGCCUUGACCCUUGCGGCCUUGUUGAGAUCCACCAUCCACGCCACCUCCAGCAACUCCGUGGAGACAUUGACCAUCUGGGCUCAGAUGUGCGAGAAGUUGGUCGACGCGUUGGUCAAUGACCCCGUGCCAGAGUUGCUCGUGGCUUACUACACCGCCAUCACCGAUUGCUUGCAAGCAUUGGAGCCAUCUUCACUUUCGGCUGAGCAGAUGCAAUCGAUCUCCGCGGCCAUUAAAAAGAAUUUGACCGAGAUAUACGAGCGCAUCAAGCUCAGAGAAAGCGACGACGAUGAGUACCAGGAGGAAGUCGCCGACGAGGAUGAAGACUACACGGACGAGGAGCUUCUUGACGAAAUUAACAAGGUGAUCUCUGCCAUUUUCAAGAACGCCAAAAGCCUGUUCCUCCCUGAGUUCCAGCUGAGCUUGGCUGGCCUUGUGUCCACCUUUAUCAGCGACGAAAAUUCCCACAUCAAGUUGUGUGGCUUGUGCAUUAUUUGCGAUGUUCUCGAACAUGCCGGGCCCGAGUUUAACCAGCUUGACUACCUCAGGUAUAUUGCAGUUGACUGCUUGACGUCUUCGCAGGCAAGCAUCCGCCAGGCGGCUGCUUACGCCAUGGGCGUGGCAGCCCAGUAUGGUGGCAACAAUUACAUGGAGAUCUGUGUGCAGACAUUGCCCAACUUGUUCAAGAUCGCCACGUUCCCGGAUGCACGUGCAGAAGAGAACAUCAACGCUACGGAAAACUGUAUCGCGGCCAUUCCAAAAAUAUGUGCCAACUUCAGCGCAUCCAUCGCCGACUUGGACAAGGUUCUCCACGAAUGGAUCUCUUUGCUCCCCAUUGUCCAGGACGAUGAAGCUGCUGCAUUUGCAUACGGCUUCCUUGCGGAUUUGAUUGAAAACCAGCAUGCGGCAGUCAUGGGCCAAAUCCCCAAGGUGGUGGAUUCUGUGCUCGAAGCGAUCAACCACAGAGCCAUUUCCGGUGCUGUUGCCGAGAAAGUCGUGCCUCGCGUGCGUGCUCUUCUAGGGACAUUGCCACAAGAUAAGGCCAUGAGCAUGGUGCAGAAGUACUCCGCCUCUCCCGAAGUGACAAAAUACUUUUCCUGA